GAAAUAUUUAUGGAAGCUAAAGAGAAACUAAAAGAUCAUAUUUUACAUUGGGGAUAUUUAGAUAGUAAACUACGGUACUAUCAAGUCUUACAGCAGGCUGAUGUUUCGAUAUCUACAGCUCUUCAUGAAUUCUACGGCGUAGCUAUGUAA